AGUAGAAGUAUAAAGUUGCGUAGAAUGGAAAAACUACAAGUUUUGUACCUCAACAUUUUUACUUAAGCAGGCUACAGUAUGAGGAACAGUUAGUUUCCACUACUGAAUCAUAUCUACCUAAUGCACUUUUCAUAAGGGGCUGUAGUGUCACCUGCUGGUCGGGAGCAACAGAUCAUGUCCCUGCGCCUUUUAGUAGAAGUAUUACGGUAUUUGCGCUGCACGUCCGCGGGUGUAUUACCGUACGAGUGAGGACAUGGCAGCGGCCAGCAAACAGCUGCAGCCCCUCAACUCAGCAUACCAGAGCAGCGACAGACGACCACGACAGAGUUGAAACUCUCACCUCUGUUUACAAGAAGAAGUGCCAACACCUGACUCUUUUUCCUCAGUGCUGUCAGUUCCCGUCAUCGGGUUUCACUGCUGUGGGUUUUCUAAAGAGAACUGCAUGCUGGGACAUAGUAAAUGUUGAGCUGAACCCUCCUCUGUUCAUUUCAUCACCGUGUGGUUCCAGCCGGCUGUUUCACCAAUGCCUCGAUGGAAAACCUUCUUCAUUCAGUACUUGCAAUGGUCCAACACCGCCACUCAAGCCCUCGUCCUGGCCGUCAUCACAUUUUGCGUCGUUCUUCCUCUGUGUUGCCAUCCGCUGAUUUACUCGUACUACUUCAUCAAGUCCAUGUACCUGAACUCCAUGAGUGAGGAGGUCCUGCGGGAAAGCCUCGACCGCGGCCAGGAUGCGCUGCACUUUUGGCAGAGCGCCUCCACCGCAUCGCCGGUGUCUCCCAGAUUCAGUGACAUCACCCAGCGUCCUGACCUGCUGGUUACCGUUGUGACAGCCCGGCGCAAUGAAGGGCGGGACUUCCACUACCUGCUCCAGGUGAUGCGUCAGCUGAGCGGCGUUCUGGGAGGCUGUGGGGAGCGGCGGUGCGCGGAGGUGUUGGUCUGCGACGUGGAAAGCGGUUCACAGGAAAACCAGGACGCCAAGUUGCUGGAGGCUCACUUCAGGGUGAUCCGGCGUUCUCCUCGGGAGCAGCAGAUGAACAGGGAACCAAUCAACGUCUUCGAGAAGGAGAAGAGGGAUUACGUCUUUUGUCUCCGCAAAGGAUGGGAGCUGGUGAAGCCCAAAAACAUGGUUGUCCUGGAGGACGAUGCUUUGCCAAAGCAGGACUUUUUCACAGUGGUGAAGGACCUGCUGUCGCGUCGGUUUUCCCUCCAGACUCUCUACAUAAAGCUGUAUCACCCUGAAAGGCUGCAGCGCUACUGGAACCCAGAGCCUUACCGCAUCCUGGAGUGGGUCGGACUCGGGCUGGUCGGAGCGACGGCCCUUCUCCUCACCUUUACUUACUGGAACCCCUGCUCUUUCUCCUUCACGCUGUCGGCCAGCCACCUCCUCUUCUUCACCGUCUACUUCAUGGCUGCCUCGGAGCUGCUGGGGCGGCACUACCUCCUGGAGGUGCGGAGACUUUCCCCGCAACUCUACGCCGUCUCCCCGGCCACGGAGUGCUGCACCCCUGCCAUGCUCUACCCCGGCAACUCCUCGCUCAGGGUGGCCGAGUAUCUGGACGGCUCCUUCUGCUUCAAGGGGCACGCCAAAGACACGGUUCUGUAUCGGAUGGCCAGGACGAUACCCGGGGAGAGUUCUCACAGCGUGGAACCCAACCUCAUCACCCACAUCGGGGCCUAUUCCUCAGUCAGAGCCAACCCACCCAGGCCCAAGCUCCUCUGAAAGUGAGGUAACUCGGCUCAACAAGGCUGGAUUUAAUCAGGUUCCUCCUCACUUGGUUCUACUUUUCUUUUCUAUCAUGUCACAUGCUGGAGUCUUCAGACAUCUGAAGACAUCAUUUAGAGUAUUGGUUUGGGGAUUUGGGUGAAAAGACAUCAAAAUUAGGGAUGCACCAAUCUGACUUUUUUAGUUCCGAUACGGUUGGUAGUACCUAUGUUUUGGGUAUAAGCUGUAUGCCUCACUGUGUGGAAGUGACUGGGAUCAUUCUUUUAUAUGUAAGGCAACAUCAGGCUUGACUUAAACAUUGCUUUCCUAAUUUUGUAAAACUAAAUGUAACAACUAAAUAAGCAAGCAACUUUGUAAAAAAUCUUAAAAAUCAAUGCAGCAACAAAUUAGUCAAAACUUAAACAGGAAUUAAAACAGAAUUAUAUAUUAUUUAUACAUAGAAUGGAUUUUAACAUAUCGGCCCCAUUGUGACCGAUACCCGGUCCAGCUAUUUGAGUCGGUAUCGGCCCAAUAUCUGUAUCGGUGCUUCCCUAAUGAAGAUGAAAGCUAGGCUACAUUUGGUUGAAAACUAUUUUUGGAUGUGAAGGUUGCGAUUUACAGCUUGUCCACACAGGAAAUGUUUUAGUUGUGUUUUUCAGUUUUCCGUUUCCCAGGUGUCUGACAAACGUUUCUAUUUUAAUCAAUAUAGCUGUCUAAAGAGGCGGAGUAACGACUCACAUUUUACUAUUUACAUGCGUGUAAACUAUUAGUAGUGGAAAGUUGAUUUACCUCAACAACGUAUCCGGUGAGUGACGGAUGUAUUUUUCCCAUGUAACUCUAUGGGAAAAGUGUUUUGUGGCCCCAUGGCUCCACAUUACGGACCCAGAAGUUGUAAUUCCACCAUUUGGCCACUAUGUAAAAUUUGCUUCAAAGCCUGCCACUCUUCCUGGAGGCUUGGCUCUUGCUAGCUGGCUACUGUAGUUAAUGUUAGCUCCAUGACAUGGUUGGAAAGCCGUCUUUUUAAUGUUUUCUAGUGGACUCGUUUUUAAAAUCAGAAUGUUGCAAAAAGGUCUUUAAAAAACACAUUAGAUUUAUGCGUUAAAUUUAUGUUUUUUACUUAAAAAAAACAAAGCCUUGAGGUAGAAGGAGUGCUUGAAACGUGUUGGCUGGAUGCUGUGGAGUAAAAUCCCCAAAUCUAAGAAAAAUAUGGAUUGCGCUGCUAAACGUUAGCAUAGCGUUUGCUUAUCAGAAGAUUUAGUAAAUACCAACACUGACCAGUCUGUAUCACUGAAUGUGCCUUUAAUGUUUUUGGCUUUGACCAGUAGUAGAGGUUUCACUCCAUAACAGAAUAUUACCCAUGAUUCAGCUCUGGAGGAAAUUACUCUAAAGUUGAGCAGGUGCAAUGUUAAAAUGCAUUGAAUUUUUACGUACUCGAAUAUAUUCAUGAAAUGAAUUGAACCUUGCAAGAAUUACAGGAAGUAGCUGCCAAAGUAAAACCAAAUAGUCCGAUGAAAGUUCUCCAGUCUGCCUUUAAAUGAAUUGACUUACACCAGAGUUCAGAGUCAUGUGCUCACACUGGUCUAAACCGCCAAAGAGUCUAAUUCUCAAAAUGAAAUGGCAACAAUAUGAUAAUAUGAUGAUGAGCACGUAGAGUAACAUAAGGAAAAUAAAUAUUUAUAGUAUAAAUAAAUAUAGAAAUUUAAAUGAACUGAAUCUGAGUGUUUCAUGAAAAAACAUUUGUUUACUAAAGAGUUAGAAAUAUUAUAAAAAAGCAGUCAACUGGUAUUUACAUUUCAUAUUUUGAUAAAAACAUCCAGAUAAAUGAUCAGAGCAGCUGUUCAUCAACAUAGUAUUUAACUUGACAAAGUCCUACACACUGUUUAAAGUUUCUCUUUCUGCAGAAGUUUUAUAUUUGACUUCUUAUUUAUAUUUCUAAAAUGAAAACAGUUUUAAUGAUUCGUUUGAUUUAAGUGUGGUUGUGGUUUUCUGCCUUUCAUUCACUAAACAUUUCAAUUGAGUUUUGAAUGUUUUCUGUUGGAUGUGUCUUCGUGUGUUUUUCAUCACGUAAUUUUGUUUGCUUAUUAAUAACCUUUAAGAGAGUGAGAAUUCAUUUUAUUUAUUUGACAUUUGACAUUUGUAGACGUCAAAUUAUUGUCAAAAAUUUGACGACCAAAGAUUGAUUCAGAAUAAGACUUCAGAUGAAAAUACAUUAUAUAAAUAUAACAUUUCAAAAUUAAAUAAGAUUAAAGGAACAUGUGAGCUUCUGCCCUCUGAAGGAUGAUUCAAAUUAAUCUUUUUUUUCUGUUCCAAGAUCACAUUUUGGUUUGAAAUGUUUUAUCUUGACACGUGGUUCUGUUUACACCGAGACUCUUUCACUGUUUCCUACAUUUUAAAAAAACAAUAAAUCACAGUUUGAAGUCACUUGGUUGUCGGGAAGUUUGUAUUCCAGCAGCGACAUCUUCUUGUCAACCAACCAGGAAGUUGGAAUGAAAAUUAAAUGUUUGGUUCGACAGGUGACGCACUUUAUUUGUUUAACCACAUAAACCGCUCAUAAAUGAAGAAAAUGGCUUUAAAUAUUAAUAUGUUUAAUCAAGUUAUUUCUUCUUUCAUAGCUUUACAUAGUAAUUGUGUUUGAAGUAAAAUUGUGUCGUCAUCCUUUUACUCUUGUCAGAUAAACCAGUUGAACAAUCCCAUAAUAA